CAAUUCUAUGUUUUCAAGUACAUGCAUUGGUAUUAGUUUAUUCAAGUUUACAACAUGGUUGAUUGUACCCAUUAUCGGGCAAUCGCUUUCGCAACUUGUAAUGACUAAGUAUGGCAACAUUGCUGGGAUAUUAUCAGUGUUGCAUACCCUUAUAUAUAUUUCAUAGUCCGCAUAUGCAAAUGUUUAUUUUUUUACAGCUUAUCAUAUAAAAAGUACACAAAUGAGUUUACAUACGAAAAGUCGUUCAAAGAGUUCAAUUUAAAAAAUAAAAUUGUUUCAAAAGCGUAAAUGACUAGCGCCAGUUCUGAAAACAUUGGACAAUCCCCAUCUUCUGGAGCAACAGGAGAAGCUGUUAAUGUUGCAAUGGAUGAUCAAUCAGAGCGACUCGUCCUACCUCCAAUAAAUUUUGAAAACGAUCGUUUUCCUUACUGCAUCGUUUGGACUCCGAUACCUGUUCUCACUUGGUUGUUACCUAUGAUAGGUCAUAUGGGAAUAUGUACAUCCACAGGUAUCAUACGUGAUUUUGCGGGACCCUAUUAUGUAUCUGAGGACAAAAUGGGCUUUGGAAGACCGACAAGAUAUCUGCGUUUGAGUCCAAAAAAUGUUGCAGGUGGACCUGCUGAAUGGGAUGAAGCUGUAGCUAAAGCUUCAAUAUUAUAUGGAACCCGUAUGCAUAAUCUCUUUUGUGACAAUUGUCAUUCACAUGUAGCCACUGCCUUAUGUGGCAUGCGCUACAAUAGACAAACCAGUUGGAAUAUGGUAGUGCUAUGCCUUUGGAUAUUUGUUUGUGGCAGAUAUGUUGGUUUCGGGGGUUUUAUUAAAACAUGGCUACCGUUUGUAAUUUUCGUAUCGUUAUGUUCGUUCCUGGCAGUAUACCUUUAAGUUUAUUCAAAAGGACCUCGUUCGUAAACAUUGGUUAAGCUAAAGAAUUUGUGUGCAUAUAUAAUUAUGUAACAAAAUAUUAAAAGCGAAUGUUAAACUGUGCAAUGCUUUGAUAAAUAAAAUAUAGUUAUAGUAUUUUUUUUGUGAUUAAUAUAUGCAAGAUUAAUAGAGAUAAGAUGUAUAGCACUUUGUCCAGGUGUUCAGUUAUCUGUGAGUUUGUUGUUUGGUUAUAAAAUUGAUAAUUUCAAAGGAAAUAGCAUCUGAAACUCAUUUGCUAAAUGCUAAAAGUAAUAUAUGCUCUCUUAUCAAUGUCUAAUUGAAACGAUGUUUUUUUGAUUAUAUUAUUUUAUACACAUACAUAUAAAAAUUAAUAAAUACAAUUUUACUGGUGAUCGAUUAA